UGAAACAUGUCAAGUGCGCCAAGCCAUCCUCAUCAAACAACGUCACAGCCCGUCCAUCCAGGCUCCCCCUCCUCUUUCCUCCGCAGAGCCGCAUUCCUCCUGCUACAGCCAUAGAGAUGUCUGGGUACAGCGGGCCGAACCAUUCUCUGGGAGGAAACACGGCCACGCUUCGUUCCGGCUACAAGCAACAUUCCCGCGCUGGCAGUUCACAAGUCCUGUCUCUGUCUUAUUCUGGUUACUGGUUCAGCUAGCGAAUGAGGACCGAGGCUUUGGGAGCUAGUUAACGGCAGCCACCACCCCCCGCCCCAGCUUAAAGUGGUCCUCACCCUCCUUCUGCCAUGUUGGAUCCUUCCUCUGCUCCCCAGGCUGCUGGACUUCCCAAAUGAAAGUUGCGUGUUAAGCCAACUCCAGACAUUUCUAUAGUACGCUGCUUUAGGUUUCCACCAGUCGAAGAAUAGAAGGACUUUUCUCUAGCAGAAAGCAUCCUGGACUGGUGGCCGCGCCUUCCUGCUCGGUUCCCCUGAGCGGAGAUGGUUGCAGGCCAAAGCGGCCGGAGCCCGCAUGGAAUAUCAUUCCUGAGGAGAAACUGUUGAGGCCAGUUCUCGCACAAGAGCCCCGCCGCCGGGGAAUCUAAGCGAAUUAGGAGUCAUGAACAGCCACCAUCCGCCCCGUAGGGCUCUAAACGUCGGCUCGCUGCUUCUCACCCCGCAGGAGAACGACUGUCUGUUCGGCUAUCUGGGCAGGAAAUGCGCUACCUUGUGUUCGGCUGUGGUGCAGGUGUACCGAGCCGAGCGGAGCUGCAGCUGGGUGAAGAGGUGCUGUGGAGUGGCAUGUUUGGUCAAAGACAAUCCACAGAGGUCAUACUUCAUCAGAGUGUUUGACAUCAAGGAAGGGAAGAGCAUGUUUGAGCAGGAACUCUACCACAGCUUCUCAAUCAGCUGCCCCCGGCCGUACUUCAUCACCUUCGCAGGAGACAGCUGCCAAGUGGGCCUGAACUUUGCCAGUGAAGAAGAAGCCAAGCGUUUCAGGGUGACUGUCAGCGACCUGCUCACCCGGAGGCAGCGGAAGUCAGGUCCAGCUUUGCCCAUGGCCACCGUGGACAUCAAGAACCCAGAGAUCAACAAUAUCAGAGUCCAGAACUCCCACAGCCACCAUCAGCCUUACCACCUCAACAACAUGCUGAGCCACAGUGGCCUGGUCCGCAGGGACAAGAAGAGCAAGAAGAAGAAGCUGACAAAGGCGGACAUCGGCACGCCCAGCAACUUCCAGCACAUCGGCCAUGUGGGCUGGGAUCCAAAUACAGGCUUUGACUUAAACAACCUGGAUCCAGAGCUGAAGAACCUGUUUGACAUGUGUGGGAUCUCCGAGGCUCAGCUGAAGGACAGAGAGACAUCCAAGGUCAUCUACGAUUUCAUCGAGAAGAAAGGGGGGGUGGAGGCUGUCAAGAACGAGCUCAGGAGGCAGGCUCCACCUCCUCCCCCGUCUCGAAGUGGCGGCCCUGCUCCCCCUCCUCCCCCCCCUCCACACAGCACAGCCCCACCCCCCCCAUUCAGAGGGAGCAGAGGAGCCCCCCCUCCACCUCCUCCAUCCAGAGCUCCUGUUUCAGCCCCUCCUCCUCCCCCCCCUUCCAGACCAGGAGCUCUUGGUGCCCCUCCUCCUCCCCCCCCCUCUAGGGGGGGCCAUCAGCCUCCUCCCCCUCCUCACCAUCAUCACCAGCAGCCUCCCCCCCCUCCUCCCCAUAUAUCAUCUUCCAUCGUCCCUCAAGCUGCCCCCCUUCCCCCACCUGUUCUUCCCCAACCAUCCCCUGCUAGCUCUGCACCCCCUCCACCCCCUCCACCACCACCACCUCCAGGUCCUCCCCCCCCCCCAGAGCUGGACGGUGUCGGCAGUGGUCGGGACUCACCCAACCCAGGUGGGAAGUCAGCUCUGCUGGAGCAGAUCAGGGGGGGGGCCCAGUUGAAGAAGGUGGAGCAGAACCAGCGGGCUCCGGCCCCCAGCACUGGCCGGGACGCGCUCCUGGACCAGAUCCGACAGGGGAUCCAGCUCAAGACUGUAUCAGAUCUCCCAGAAUCGGGCCCCCCAACUCCGGCUCCAACUGCAGGGAUUGUUGGGGCCCUAAUGGAGGUUAUGCAAAAGAGGAGCAAAGCUAUCCAUUCCUCUGAUGAUGAUGAGGAUGAAGACGAAGAUGAUGACUUUGAGGAUGAUGAAGAGUGGGAUGACUAGUGAAGAUGCCCCCCACCCACCUCUCCCAGCCUACCACUAACACUAAAACUCUUCCAGAAUCCCACUUCAUCAUGUAAUGUAAAUGUUGUUUUGAGUUUCCAGUAUAUUUAUUUUUGCUUUUAAAAAAUGAAAAUUCCAGUUAAUCUGUGCAAUACCUCAUCAUUGAAGCUGUUCUGUUCAUCACACACCGUGGAGGUAAAAGCUUCUCUCCUCCUCCUGCGUCAGUAGAAAGCACUUAAUGCACCGUUAGCUCAGAGCACAGCCUGGACCUGAGCUCCAGAAGGAAACACUGCAGGGAAGACCUGGAGGUGGGCGGAGCUUCCUGGGAAGUCAUUCAGCUACAUUUUAUUGCCUGUUUCAGAAACUUCAAAUGGACAAUAUUCCAAGCAAUUUGGCAGGAAAAUGUUUGAGUGUAUUUCUCUGAAAUGCAUAAUUUACACUAUUUUCCUAUCAUAUUUGUCCUCUAUUUUUUUCCUGUCUUUUCAUCUCCUAUUGAAGACAUGACCAUGACCAAACCUUGUGUAGAUCUUUAACUUUGAUUUUUCACAUGAUUAAAAGGUUUUGUUGUUUUUGUCUUGUUUUGCACAGUUUCUAAAAUAGUUUGUUUGGUUUCUUGUUUUGUGUAUUUGUAAUAGUAGCAUAAAUACAGUAGGAUAGACAGUAGGAUACUCUGACAUUAAUGUAACAAGACAAUGUUUGAGUUUCUUUUCUUUUCAUUUGCAACAUUCCAUUAUCCUGUCAGGAAGUUACACCAUCAUCAUAUGUUUUCAUUUCAUUUAAAGGGAACAAGUAAAAAUAAUUUUUUUUUUUUU